CGUUCAUGCCAUGGGGAGGUGGUGGGCUAUUAUCCAUUCCGCAUCAAUCCGGAAGAUUCUCUCCGAUGCACUAGAUAUAUGAUAGAUCCCUGCACAGCAGCCAGCCUAAUGAGUGUCAGUCGCACGUCCCUUUCCCUGCACAGUCAACCCGUCGGCACAGUCAUAUGCAGCAUAUAGCCGUGUCAGAACUCUCUCUCCGCCGCCUGCCCCUGUUCUGAACUUCCAAAACCCAUCGAUUCGAUCCCUUCGGACCUGCCAUCAAAGACCUGACCUCGCUCGUUUCUCCACGUUUGUUUUUUUCCUCCCGCCGAACUCCUUAUCGGACCUUAUCCGGAAGCACCAGUUCCCACGAGCACAAACUUUAAGAUAUCGGUCUUGGGUGCAACUCGAAAUCGUCUCCGACCAACGACUUCAGACCGAUAAGAACUGAGCAGGUGCAUAAAGGCAGCAGACAUACGGACCUGCACUGUGUCUGUGUCAAUGCACUUUGAAAUCGACGCAAGUGACGGGCGCCGCGACAUCCCCGACAUGGAGUUCUCCACGACCUUCAUGGCCACCGCAGACCCAAUUCCGGAACAUUCCCACCAUUACGCCGCGGAAUACACACCACAAUCUCGGAAAGAAGCACCACCACGGCCCGCACCUCCAACCCAGGCGAUCUCGUCAGGGCCCUUCACCGCUUCACCGUCCACUGCUCCCACGCUCAUUCGCAACGCGCCAGCAUUCUCCCUCACUCCGGCCGCCAGCCCACAGCUUUCAAAGAAAGGCCUGAUACGGCAGUUCUUCAAUGCUCGCCCAACACGGCCGAUACCUUCCCUUGUCAAUGCAAACGCGGCAGGGCCAGUGGCGAACGUAGCUGUUGCUGCCGAUGCUGCGAGUGCUCCGUCACCAAGAGUGGAAAACAGUUCGGUCGCAUCACCACCAGAAGACGAUGAUAAGGCACAUACUCGAAAGGAUGUGCCAUCUGCACCGCCAGAAAUCGCGAUAUCAGCCGUUGACGCACUGGAUCCUUCCCCAGCGACCUCCUGCGCGUCAGAUGUUGCGAAAGAGGCCACCACCACCACUACUCCUGAGCGGCGGGCACCAACACCCUCUUCUUCCGUGAGCACAACCGCAUCGCCAUCCUCAAACCCUUCGACCACAGAAACAUCCACAUCACUGAGCCCAGCUUCAGCGUUGACUGCCUCAGCGGCUGCGUUGUCCCCCAUUCAACGACUUCUCAGCAGGAGUCCGCUGAAUCGGACAUUCCUGAGCAAAUACGUAAUCACGGCUGAGCUUGGAUCUGGAGGUUUUGGCCACGCACUGUCGGCCAUUCGCCUCUCAGACAACCGCGAAUUGGCGGUCAAGCUCAUCCUGAAGAAAAAGAUACCUGUGCACGCAUGGGCACGAGACACCGAUUUGGGAAUCAUUCCGUUGGAAGUGUACAUCCUGAAGCGCUGCAACCACGCCAACAUUGUGCGGUACGAGGACUACUACGAAUGUGAGCGUUUCGCUUACUUGGUAAUGGAGAUGCAUGGAACCCAAUGGUCGGCGAGCUCUCAUCAGUACAGCCAUUCCAACGCGAAUGGAACUGAUCGGAAAGAUGGGCGAGAUGUUGAUGAGCACAGCAACGCGAGCAGUGAGUCUUCCGACAGACAAUCGUCAGACCAACCACCAGCAGCCACACCGAGCUCCUCCGUGACUUGCGAUUCGAACGCCGAGUCCCACACACGGUCCCUGCCAAGAUCCCGAGCUCGACAAAAUUCGCAUCCGUCCGUAUCAUCGAACAUGCCACAACCACCACCGCUGAUCCGCAACCACUCAUUCCCGACCGUCCUUGCACGCAAAGCAUCAAUGGAUCUCUUCGAGCACAUCGACGCGCACAGCCACCUUUCCGAACAGCACGCCCGACACAUUUUCCGACAGAUAGCCGAUGCGAUCGCAUACCUGCAUUCCCAAGGCAUCGUGCACCGCGAUCUGAAAGACGAAAACAUCGUCAUCGACUCGUCCUUGACCAUCAAACUGAUAGAUUUCGGAUCAGCGGCGUUCGAGGCGCCCAACUCCAACAAACGGGCAUCGUUGGACCGAUUCCAGGGUACAUUGACCUACGCGUCGCCCGAAAUCCUCGCCGGAAAGAAGUACCGCGGACGGCCGUCGGAUAUCUGGGCCGUAGGGGUAUUGCUCUACACGAUGCUGUGCGGAGAAUGCCCCUUCCGGAACAGCUACGAAGCCUGCACGACGUCGUACAAGAAGCCUGCCACCCACGUGUCGCGUGAGUGUCUCGAGCUCGUGGACUGGAUGCUGGAGAAGAACCCGGAACGGAGACCGUCUGCGGACCAGGUGCUUGAGCAUCGGUGGGUCAAGGGCGAACAGUGAAUGAAAUGGUGGGGUUCUCAACAUGGUCUGAGAGCCUUUGCAUCACGGAUAUGAACACAAUCUCAGUGACUUGAGAAGGCACCGCUAGGUACAUGGAGUCGUCACCGUAUAAUCAGGUAUUCCCACAUCCCCACCGAAUUUGGGACAUUCGACAUUAGCAUAGUACAUUUUUGCUCCUGCCCGUACUUUGCCGAGAAACUUUGUGAUUUCGUUCCACUGUACUAUAUGUGACUUUUCUGAAUCGAGACUUUGAGAACCGGUCCCAUAAUACGUCUACCUGUUCAUGAUGGAAAAGGAUGCUCUACUAGGAUAAAUUGUUCGAUAAGGACGACCACCUUAUAAAAACCUC